GUGCACAUGGAUGGGGACAACUGCACUAUAGUGAACGAGUUCAUUCUUGUGGGACUCACAGAUCGAGCUGAACUGCAGAUCACCCUCUUCAUAGUCUUCUUGCUGAUCUACAUUAUCACAGUAUUGGGGAAUGCUGGGAUCAUUGUAAUCGUGAGGACUUGCUCUCAGCUUCAGACGCCAAUGUAUUUCUUCCUUAGCAACUUAUCCUUCCUGGAUCUGUGCUAUUCCUGUGUCGUAACACCCAAGAUGCUAGUGAGCUUCAUAUCACGUAGAAAAACCAUCUCCUAUUCUAGCUGUUUCACUCAGUUGUAUUUUUAUAUUGCUUUGGCAACAGCAGAAUGUUACCUCUUGGCAGCCAUGGCAUACGAUCGCUAUGUGGCCAUCUGUAACCCACUGCUGUACACAGUCAUCAUGUCUCAAAGACUAUGUGUUUUGCUGGUGUUUGCUUCUUUCGUGGCUGGCUUCCUAAAUGCAACAGUACAGGUAGGUUUUUCCUUAACAGUGUCCUUUGGUGAUUCUAAGGUCAUUAACCAUUUCUUUUGCGAUGGGCCACCAUUGAUGAAGUUGGCCUGCUCUGAUACCACUCUCAACCAAAUCCUUGUUUUUACUGUUGUUGGAUUCAAUGAAGUUACCACCACGUCCAUAGUCCUCAUCUCUUACACCUGCAUCUUCACUACCAUCCUCAGAAUACGCUCCAAUGACAGCAAGCACAAAGCUUUCUCCACUUGUACUUCUCAUCUAACUGCCGUCAGUUUGUUCUAUGGGACCCUCCUUUUUAUGUACUUGAGACCCAGUUCCAGCUACUCUUUAGAGCAGGAUAAAAUAAUUGCAGUGGUCUACACAGUGUUGAUCCCAUUCGUGAAUCCCCUGAUCUAUAGCCUCAGGAACAAAGAUGUGAAGGAUGCCUUGGUUAAAGGAAUGGAGAGACUCGGGAUUUCAAGAUAA